UCUUUUUUUUUUUUUCUUCUCUUUUGCCCCUCAGAGACCAUCAUUUAUCAAGUCUUCUCCUUCAAAUCAAGGUUAAAUAUGAGAAGUACUAAUGAGGCAUUAUCUGUUCCGAACACAUAUGAUGAAAUGAAGAAGCAAAAUGACCAGUGUUCAGGUUAUGGGGGGAUAUUAAGUUCCCAAAGUAAUCUGAAAAAAGAUCAGCAAGUUCACAUGAAAGAGAAGCGGUAUCCCUGCUCACAGUGUGGAAAGUGUUUUGCUACUUUUUAUCAUCUUGGAAGACACGAGCGCACUCACACUGGAGAGAAGCCGUAUCCCUGCUCACAGUGUGGAAAGUGUUUUGCUACUUCUAAUCAUCUUGGGAGACACGAGCGCAUUCACACUGGAGAGAAGCCGUAUCCCUGCUUACAGUGCGGGAAGUGUUUUGCUACUUCUUAUAAUCUUGGGAGACAUGAGCACACUCACACUGGAGAGAAGCCGUAUCCCUGCUCACAGUGCGGGAAGUGUUUUACCACUGUUUGUAACCUACGAAAACACCAGCACAUUCACACAGAAGAGAAGCCGUGUCCAUGUUUACAGUGUGGGAAGAGUUUUGCUACUUCUAAUGAUCUUCAUAGACAUCAGCAUAUUCACACAGGAGAAAAGCCCUAUUUCUGUUCACAGUGUGGAAAGAGCUUUACCGAUGCUAGUUACUUCCAAACACACCAGCGCAUUCACACUGGAGAGAAGCCGUAUCCCUGCUCACAGUGUGGGAAGUGUUUUACCAAAUCUAGUAACCUCGAAACACACCAGCGCAUUCACACAGGAGAAAGGCCGUUUCCUUGCUCACAGUGCGGAAAAAGUUUUACCUCUGCUGAUAGUCUCCAAAUACACCAGCGCAUUCACACUGGGGAGAAGCCCUAUUUCUGUUCACCGUGUGGAAAGAGCUUUACCACUGCUAGUUACUUCCAAAUACACCAGCGCAUUCACACUGGAGAGAAGCCCUAUCCAUGUUUAAAGUGCGGAAAGAGCUUUACCACUUCUGGUCCCCUCCAAAUACACCAGCGCACUCACACUGGAGAGAAGCCCUAUUUCUGUUCACAGUGUGGAAAGAGCUUUACCACUGCUAGUUACUUUCAAACACACCAGCGCAUCCACACUGGAGAGAAGCCGUAUCUCUGCUCACAGUGCGGGAAGAGUUUUGCUUCUUCUGAUCGUCUUCGAAGACACGAGCGUACUCACACUGGAGAGAAGCCGUAUCCCUGCUCACAGUGUGGAAAGUGUUUUACCACUCUUUGUAACCUACGAAAACACCAGCACAUUCACACAGGAAAGAAGCUGUAUCCAUGUUUACAGUGCGGGAAAAGUUUUUCUACUUCUAAUAAUCUUCAGAGACAUCAGCAUAUUCACACAGGAGAGAAGCCCUAUUUCUGUUCACAGUGUGGAAAGAGCUUUACCUUUGCUAGUUACUUCCAAACACACCUGCGCAUUCACACUGGAGAGAAGCCGUAUCCAUGUGUACAGUGCGGGAAGAGUUUUGCUUCUUCUAAUAAUCUUCAGAGACAUCAGCAUAUUCACACAGGAGAGAAGCCCUAUUUAUGUUCACAGUGUGGAAAGAGCUUUACCAAUGCUAGUUAUUUCCAAACACACCAGCGCAUUCACACUGGAGAGAAGCCGUAUCCCUGCUCACAGUGUGGGAAGUGUUUUACCACUCCUAGUAACCUCCAAACACACCAGCGCGUUCACACAGGAGAGAAGCCGUUUCCUUGCUCACAGUGCGGGAAGAGUUUUACCUCUGCUGGUAGUCUCCAAAUACACCAGCGCAUUCACACUGGAGAGAAGCCGUAUCCAUGUUUACAGUGUGGAAAGAGUUUUGCUUCUUCUAAUCGUCUCCAAAUACACCAGCGCAUUCACACUGGAGAGAAGCCGUAUCCAUGUUCAAAGUGCGGAAAGAGCUUUACCACUGCUGGUCCCCUCCAAAGACACCAGCGCAUUCACACUGGAGAGAAGCCCUAUUUCUGUACACAGUGUGGAAAGAGCUUUACCUCUGCUAGUUACUUCCAAACACACCAGCGCAUUCACGCCGGACAGAAGCCGUAUCUCUGCUCACAGUGCGGGAAGAGUUUUGCUUCUUCUGAUCGUCUUCGAAGACACGAACGCAUUCACACACAAGAGAAGCCGUAACACCAUUACUACAUGGUAAAGUAUUGCUGUCAAUUCAUUGGACUUCAUUAAGCAAAGAAAUAAUCAAAGAGGUUUUUAAUUUCUUGAACUGGGUUAAGUUACCUUGAAAUUACCAUAUCUUGCAGUUGUUAAUUGGGAGGGUAUGUGGGUAGUAGAAGAAGAGGAGUUAAGGUAGGUUUAAGUAAAACAUUCCAAUAAUUCUACUGGUAAAGACAUGCUUAAGUGCCUUUCAACAAAGUUUUAUGUAGAAAAUUGUCAUUUUUAAAUUUUGAAAAUUGAAGGUUAAGAUUAAAAUGUUUUAAGUACUUUUAUUUAAAAAAUUGCUGCAAAUACAUAUUGGUUGCAAAUAUUGUAGCGAUUUAACCACAAAAUAUUAAUCAGGAAUUGUGUUCCUAAACAGAUAUUUAAUCUGCUAUUAUUAAAUAUGUAGGGAACAAUAUAGUACAAAAUGUAACAUUGUUACCAGUAAAGAGACUAAUGACUUUAAAACUGUGUGCUGGGCCACCAAGGCCUCAGUAUGACUCUACAGAGCAGAUACUUCCCGCUGUAGGAUGGGAGCACAUGGACAAACUGUUCAACUAAGUGAGUGAUGUUUCCUUCAGCCAUAAUAUGAACAUGUAUGAGAGCAUUGUGUCUUGUAGGAAUAAGUAAACCUAUGUCCUUGAAGCAUUGUAUCUUUUAUAAACCGAACACAUGUAAGGGAGUAUUGUGUUGGUAGGAACAAGAUGUUGAAGAAGUGUCAUGUAAACGUAUAUAAGCGUGCAUCGUAAAAGAGGCAAGCUUUUUUUCCUCUGCAGAGAAACUGCUCGGCUGUAUUCUGCACAGAAUAAAGUCUAUUGGCCUCAACA